AUGGCCGACAACCCGACUGAGUCCGUCGCUAACCCCCCCGAGGCGCACGGGCACGCCCAUCGCGAUCCCGCAUCACAGCCCGAGCACCAGCACCAGCAUACCCACCACCAUCAUACCCACUUUGCCGAGAAGGACCGCGACGAGGAUGUGGUGUAUGCGACGGGCACUGCAAUGGAGAAGGGAAUCGUGCCCCAGCCGACACCCCUCGAUCACAGCAAGAGCACGAGCGACAAGGAUGAAGAGUCCGGAGAGAACUAUCCGGCGCAAAGAAAAUGGCAUCGGCGCGUACUCAAACACUGGCGGCAUUUUGCCCAUGCGGGGGUGUGGCUGUUGUUCACCGGAUGGUGGAUUGCCGGCCUGAUUUUGCACCGGUAUGAUAUUGGAUGGCUGAUCCCCUUCCUGCUCUACCUGGCCAUCACGCUGCGCAUCAUCUUCUUCUACAUCCCUAUCACUAUCGUGACCAAGCCCAUGUACUUUGUCUGGGACCACACCGCACGAUCCUUCGUUCAUCUGAUCCCCCAGAAGCUCCGGACGCCCAGUGCCGCGUUGCUCUGUGUCGCCGUGAUUCUGGUCGGGUCGUUUGCGUCGCCCGAGUCGGCGGAUAAUACCCGCGCGAACCGCGCCGUCAGUCUGUUCGGCAUCGUGGUGUUCCUGUUCGGGCUGUGGCUCACCUCGCGCAACCGCAAGAAGAUCGUCUGGCACACGGUGAUCGUCGGCAUGCUGGUGCAGUUCAUCAUUGCGCUGUUUGUGCUUCGCACCAAGGCCGGAUACGACAUCUUCAAUUUCGUUUCGACGCUGGCGCGAGAACUGCUCGAGUUCGCAGGCGAUGGAGUGGUGUUCUUGACCAGCCAAGACUUUUAUGAUUUGCAGAAGCCGUUCAAUGCGGGCCAGUUCUUCCUGGUCAGCGUGGUGCCCGCCAUCAUGUUCUUCGUGUCGUUGGUACAGCUGCUCUACUACAGCAACAUCCUGCAGUGGUUCGUUGGCAAGUUCGCCGUGUUCUUCUUCUGGAGCAUGCGCGUGUCAGGCGCCGAGGCCGUCGUAGCCGCAGCCUCGCCGUUCAUCGGGCAGGGCGAGUCGGCCAUGUUGAUCCGCCCGUUCGUCGCGCACCUCACGCUGGCCGAGCUGCACCAGGUGAUGUGUUCCGGUUUUGCCACUAUCGCCGGCAGUGUGCUCAUCGCCUACAUCACCAUGGGCGUCAACCCGCAGGCUCUGGUCUCGUCGUGUGUGAUGAGUAUCCCUGCCUCGCUGGCCGUGUCGAAGCUGCGCUGGCCCGAGGAGGAAGAAACCCUGACGGCCGGCCGCGUGGUCAUGCCCGACAACGAGGAGCACCGCGCCUCCAACGCCCUGCACGCCUUUUCCAGCGGUGCCUGGCUCGGCCUCAAAAUCGCCGCCAUGAUCAGUGCCACCCUGCUCUGCAUCAUCUCGCUUGUCGGCCUGGCCAACGGCUUAUUGACCUGGUGGGGCCGGUACCUGAACAUCAACCACCCGCCCCUGACCCUGCAGCUCAUCCUGGGCUAUCUCUGCUACCCGAUUGCGUUCUUGCUUGGCGUGUCGCGCGACGGUGACCUGGUCAAGGUCGGCCAGCUGAUUGGCCUGAAGCUGAUCACUAACGAAUUCGUCGCCUACGACGCCCUCCAGCACGGACAAGCCUACGCCGACCUCUCCCCCCGCUCCCGCCUCAUCUCCACUUACGCCCUAUGCGGCUUCGCCAACAUCGGGUCCCUGGGUAACCAGAUCGGUGUGCUGGCACAGAUCUCGCCGGGCCGCAGUGGCGACGUCUCGCGGGUUGCCUUCAGUGCUAUGGUCACUGGCGCAAUCAGUACCUUUACCAGUGCGGCGAUUGCGGGCUUGCUGAUUACGGAUGAGAAGUCGUUUACCACGCCGACGACGUCGUGA